CUAACCAGCCACACAAGGGGAAAACAAUUUCUUUCUUCUCCUCUUGUUUCUUUUUUCUUGGAAAAAAGAUUGAAUCUUUGAGCUCAAAGUUGGUAUCUUUACUGUGAUCCCAAAUGGUGGAAGCGCAGACAUGGACAAGGAGGAUGAGCAAUCCAAGACUGGACUCAACCGUGACUACUGCCGACGACCAGGUUCUGGACAUUCCGGCAACCCCAACUGCUGAACUUAAGAACAGCACGUACGCCGUUGGAUCCCGUCUCUCUCCUAACCUUUUAACGGUACUGAUCAUCGCCUCAUGGUUCAUGUCCAACAUCGGCGUGCUUUUGCUCAACAAGUAUCUCCUCAGCUUUUAUGGCUACCGUUAUCCAAUCUUCCUCACCAUGCUUCACAUGCUUUCAUGCGCUUCAUACAGCUACGUGUCCAUAAACUUCAUUCAAAUAGUCCCAAGGCAAAACAUUCUGUCGAGGAAGCAGUUCCUCAAGAUCUUGGCUUUGUGUCUCAUCUUCUGUUUCUCCGUGGUCUGUGGGAACACUUCCUUAAGGUACAUCCCCGUUUCGUUUAACCAAGCUAUUGGCGCCACCACUCCUUUCUUCACCGCCAUCUUCGCUUUCUUAAUCACUUGCAAGAAGGAAUCCGCUGAGGUUUAUUUUGCACUCUUGCCUGUGGUUUUUGGGAUUGUUUUGGCCACCAACAGUGAGCCUUUGUUUAACUUGUUUGGGUUUUUGGUUUGCAUUGGUUCCACUUCUGGUCGUGCUUUGAAAUCUGUGGUCCAAGGGAUUUUGUUAACUAAUGAAACCGAGAAGCUACACUCCAUGAACUUGUUGUUGUAUAUGGCACCUAUGGCUGCAUUGAUUUUGUUGCCAUUUUCUCUUUAUAUUGAAGGGAAUGUUGCAAGGGUCACGGCUGAGAAAGCCAGGAGUGAUUCGUUUAUCAUUUUCUUAUUGAUUGGGAAUGCUACGGUGGCCUAUUUGGUGAAUUUGACUAAUUUCUUGGUUACCAAGCAUACAAGUGCCCUUACUUUGCAGGUCUUAGGCAAUGCCAAAGCUGCAUUGGCCGCGUUCGUGUCGAUUUUGGUCUUCAGGAAUCCGGUGACCGUCAUGGGGAUAAUCGGGUUCGCCGUUACGGUUAUGGGAGUUGUGCUUUACAGUGAAGCAAAGAAGAGAUCUAAGGUUACAGCACAUUGACAGCAUAAGUUGGAAAACAAAGAAUGUGAUUCUUUUUGGUUGCCACAAACACUGGUGCCGCCUCUUUUCUUUUCUUUUCCUUCUUAUUUUCCUUUAUCAUUUACUAUAAAUUUCUUGUUUUCUUCAUUAGAUUUAAUCGAGGGAAAGAAGCACAGAAAAAUUGGAUAAAAUUGUUAUUGAAUUGGAUUGUAUAGGAAGAAUCUGGGGUGAUCCAAGAGAACUUUCCCCUGUUUGUAAUCUUAUCAUAUGGAUUUGCUUCAUCAAA